CGACUGCCUUCCUCUGAGCUUUUUAGAUGUACAUAAUCCCUGAGUUGACCCAGAAAAUAGGCAGUCGUUUCAAGAUCUGAUGCGGCAGUCUUUGUGCGCACCGUCCCGUCCCCCUCCUCCUCUCAGCCCGAGCAUGAAGCGUAACCCUGCGGAAUACACACCGUAAGAUCCAGAGUGGAGCUUCGCCUUUUGCAGAGGGAGAACUCGUUUUCUUUUUUUUUUUUUUUUGUUUUGUUUUGUUUUGUUUUUUUUUAAGAAAAGGAAAGGGGGAGAGAAAAAAGGAGAGAGAGAGAGAGAGAGACGGGAGCAGAAGCGAAGUCGCGCAACUUUUUUGUGGAAACGUAGCGGAUACGGGAGGAGGCAUGGCAGACCAUCUGAUGAUGCCCAUGAAUCACAGCUCAGCGGGCGCCAGUCUCCACAGUUACAGGAUGGGCAUGAAUGGCGGCCUGCAGGCGGGUCACCAGCAGCACGCCAACCAGCAGGGCAUGAGGGCGCUGCCCAACGGCCAGAUGAUGCACUACGGCGGCGCCCAGGCCAACAUGGAGACCGCCAUGAGGCAGCGGCAAGGCAUGGUGGGCGGACCCAUGAACGGACAGCUGAACGGGGCCCAGAUGGGUCACCACCAGAUGACCUCUGGUAACAUGAUGUACAAUGGCCAGCCCCAGCAGCAGCAGCAGCAGCAGCAUCACCCUCAGCAGCAGCAUCACAUGCACCCGCAGCAGCACCAGCAACAGGCCCAGCACCCGCAGCAGCAGCAACAACAAGCCCAGCACCCACAGCAGCAGCAGCAACAGUUCAUGAACGGAGGGUUAACGUCCCAGCAGCUCAUGGCCAGCAUGCAGCUGCAGAAACUCAACACCCAGUACCACGGACACCCGCUGGGGCCUAUGGGUGGGAACCACAUGGGGCCCGCGGCCCAGUACCGCAUGAACCCGGCUCAGCUGGCCAACAUGCAGCACAUGGCUGGGCCGGCCCUGGCCCUGAACGGCAUGGACGCUGAUAUGAUCGACGAGGAGGUCCUGACCUCGCUGGUCAUGGAGCUGGGCUUGGACCGGGUCCAGGAGCUGCCAGAACUCUUCCUGGGCCAGAACGAGUUUGACUUCAUCUCAGACUUUGUCAGCAAACAGCAGCCCAGCACUGUCAGCUGCUGAGAGGACCUGAUUUGCAAAGCUGCACAAACGGAGACGGACGAGUGAGGAUUGUCCAGGGUGGACGAAGGGUGCUCAUCUCUUCGCUUUUUAAUUUCGCGGGCACCUCCCCUGUACAACGGAGCCGAGUCGAGGCGCAGGGUGCACAGAAGAGAACUCUGGAUAUCCACAGGGGACGCGGUGCUCGAGUCUCACGUGCGCUCGUGGCCGAGGGGCGUCUGGCUUCAGGGCCUGGCUCCGCCUCUCCCCUUUCCUGGACAUGAAUGUAAUAAAGAAAUGCUGAAAUUCUUAAAAGCCACUCUGAACAAUGCUAUGACACUGUGUAGCCUCCAAGCCUGGACUCUGACAGUUUACCAGUAAAAAGGUGUAUUUAUUUAUUCCUAUCUGAGAAAACUGAUAUAAAGAACAGCCACCUCUCCAUUUUUGGGAACCAAGUGGUUUUAAUGUUUUUUUGUUUCUUUUCCUGAGAGUAGAGCAGGGGAGAAAAUUAAAUGUAAGUUCUCUGCCCAUGAAUUUUAUUUUAUUUUUCCCCAUUCUAUCUGGCCUAGUAUUUAAAAUAAGCUCGGAUGACAAGUUCAUCUAAAAGAAAAAAAAAAGAGCCUGGAUUUUCUAUCACCACGGUCAGACAGAUGUACAACGUCCUCUUCGUUUGACCAGGGCUCUCAUCCAGAUCCUAAAAAAAACGGUUCACUUUUUUUGGUAAGGUGCCGCCUUUUUUUUAGAUGUGAUGUUCUCAAAAAAAAAAAAA